AUGGCUCCGAAGAAGGAUGGAAAGAAGAAAGGGGGCAAAAAAGGGAAGAAGGGGAACAAGCCUGCCUGGAUGUCUGAUGGGCUCUGGGAGCUCAGCCAAAACCUUCAAAAGCUCUCAGAAUUCUACAGUGGAGAAAUCAAGGAUACAAAACUAAAGGAGGGCCAAGCACCGCCACCGAACAUCACACGGACCCAGGCCGGUAUGUUCAUUUGGCAGCUGCUGUUCCCCUCGAAUAAAGUAGCCAAGGCGAAGCGUGACGAGGCGGUCAAGUACGGCGUUGUGGAGACUUCGGUGAAGAUCCUGGCCAGCGGCAAGGUCCCCGACAUGACCCCCGCUCUGGGUAUUCUCGUGGCGAUGACCGGGGACAACCCCCUGCAGCGGGGGGUAAUGCUGGACACGAAACCCGCACCCCUGCCGCACGUCCUGGCGGCCUUGUCGGACGAGAGCGCGAGUCUGAGGGCGGCGUCGUGUGCGCUCCUCCGAGUAGUGUCUCGUGAGCAGGACUCCCGGCCCCGGCUGUGGCGGCUCAUGCGGGCGGAUUGGGACUGGAGACCCCUGGUGACGUGUCUGGAUCUCACGGAUAUGAGUCAGCUGGGAGGUCGCUCCGCCUGCUACGACGCGGCCGCUGUGAUGGAAGCAAUGUGCUGCGCGCCUGAACAGGACAUUGCCAACGGGGCUUGUACGGCACUCAUGAAUGCCGGUGCACCCGCACACAUGGUCAAGGUGCCCCCUUCAUGCACUCUUGAAGCCCAGGUCUACGCCAGCGCCGUAUGUCGACUGGUCAGUCUCGCGGAGGAGCAGCGCGGCGCGCUGGUGGAGGCGGCGGCGAUCAGGUACCUGCCGCCGCUGCUGGAGGCGAAGAACUCCGCUGCGCGGUGGAAUGCACGACAGGUAGUGAACCGCGCUCGUAAGGUGGCGGCACUGGACGGGGUGUUGAAGUCGCUGGUGCAGCUGUGUGCUGGACCGGAGGGGCCGCUACCGGACCUGGAGACUCUCAUAAAUUUGUCCAUGGCGCCGGAGCUCCUUCCCAAGCUGCAGCUGUACAAGGUGCCCGACUACGUGCACCAGGCCAAUGUGCCGCAGUCGCAUUUCGAGCGGCCGCUGCAGCCGCAGUCCAAUGCGGGGCUGCUGCAACACCAGGACUCCGUGGGUCGAAAGAAGGACGGAGGCGGUCUGGCGGCGGUAGUGGCCCGGGUCAAACCCCCGGCGCUCAAGUCCAAGACGUGA